AUGAGGUACGGUGUGAAGUUUACAGAUAGAGAACCACUGAGUGUUUUCGUCAGGUCGUCUGAUACACUGUUCGAUCUGAAGAUCAGUAUACUGCAGAAGUUAGGCGCGGGUGGCACAAAGUGGGUGAAGAAGAUGUUCUACAAUAUUCCUAUUGCGGUUGUGUCAACCGGCGUGCAAUAUGAAACAUUCGUGUUACAAAGAGAUGAAGAUAUGCAGUUCUGGUGCAUCCGCUCCAAACCCUCAGUCUACCACGAUGGGGGUGCCUUCACCUCGAGGCCCGUCGUUGCACUUGAGUGUUUGUUGGAGUAUCGGCCAACCGGUCCAGUUGGGGUAUUCACCUCAACUCAUCCAUCUCCAGAUGUAGGACGUGAGGGGAAAUCAGAUUGGGUGAAAAAUGCUAUGCUAGAGGAUGAUUCCGACGAAGAGCCUGCUGAGAUUGGAGGGGACAGCGAUGAUGAAAUUCCGACAAAUCCAGCAACAUGUCAACCACCGUCAAGUGCCGGCACACAUGAGCAACCUGCACAUUAUUCUACCCUGGAUCUGGAAGCCAUCGGCCAACCAACAGAGUCAGCACCAACCUUUGGGGGUCAAGGGUUGCACGAGGGAAAUUCUGUAGCUGAAUUUCAAGUUGGCCAAUUUUUCCACAGUAAGGAGGAAGCUGUGCUUACUGUAAAGGAUUACAGCAUUCGGCGCGGUGUCGAGUACAGAGUGAUGGAGUCGGAUCAUCUUAAGUACCAUGGGAGAUGCAAGGAGUUCGGGAAGGGUUGCACGUGGAUGAUUCGCAUCAGCCUUCGAGCACGGAAGGGAACCUGGGAGGUUCGACGAUACAACGGACUACACACAUGCUUGGCUACAUUGAUAUCAAGCGACCACCGACAACUAGAUUAUCACGUGAUCUGUGCGAAGAUCUUUCCUCUAGUUUGA